UCGAGAGUAUUUAGAUACUGAGUGAACAGUCUUGUUGCACGCAACUCUGCACGUACGCUGGUCUUCUGCAGUUAGUGUUGCUUUCGAAGGAGUUUUUGACGAAGUGAAAACAGCACAACCUAACAGAAAUGGAGAGUUCAAGUGGAGGAAACUCAACCCCCAGGAUCAUGGUUUUCCGACCAACCAUGGAAGAAUUCAGCGAUUUCAACAGAUACAUAGUCUAUAUGGAAGAGCAAGGUGCUCACAAAGCUGGUUUAGCAAAGGUGAUCCCUCCAGCAGAAUGGUGUCCUAGAAAAGCUGGUUAUGAUGACUUGGACAUCAUAAUUCCUGCACCAAUUGAACAGGUGGUUCAGGGGUGUCAGGGUCUGUAUACUCAGUAUAACAUCCAGAGGAAGGCUCUGCAUGUAUCAGACUUCAAGAAGAUGGCCAAUUCUGAUAAGUACCUGACACCAAAGCACUUUGAUUACGAAGAACUCGAAAGGAAGUACUGGAAAAAUGCUACUUUUGGAAAUGCUAUAUAUGGCGCAGACAUAUCAGGGACCUUGACUGAUCCUGACCAAGACUGUUGGAAUAUCAAUCGUCUGGGCACCAUUCUUGACUAUGUUGCUGGAGACUAUGGCAUUAAGAUCGAAGGAGUUAAUACAGCAUACCUAUAUUUUGGUAUGUGGAAAACAAGCUUUGCCUGGCACACAGAAGAUAUGGAUUUAUACAGCAUCAACUACCUUCAUUUUGGUGCUCCCAAGUCCUGGUAUGCUGUACCGCCAGAGCAUGGCCAGCGACUGGAAAGGCUUGCCCAAGGUUUUUUCCAGGGAAGUUUCCAGGCUUGCCCAGCCUUUCUGCGACAUAAGAUGACACUUAUCUCACCUUCCAUUCUCAAGAAAUUUUCCAUCCCAGUGAACAAGAUAACCCAAGAAGCUGGUGAAUUUAUGAUCACAUUUCCUUAUGGCUAUCACUCGGGCUACAACCAUGGCUUCAACUGUGCGGAGUCCACCAAUUUUGCUACAGAGCGCUGGAUAGAAUAUGGCAAGCGCUGCCUGCAGUGUGAAUGCCGCAAUGAUGGUGUGAAAAUCAGCAUGGACACAUUUGUCAGGCGCUUUCAACCUGAACGUUUUGAAGCCUGGAAGGAGGGUCGAGAUAUUGCACCUCAUCCAGAAGGUCACACUGUCAUAAGGCGACCAGCUAGGAACGAUGCUAAGAAAAAGGAAGCAGAUGGUUCGGGUACAGUCUCAAAGCGCCACCCACCAUCGAAGCAAUUUUCUAAAAGAUCUAAGGUGAAAGCAGAAAAAAAAACCAAAGCAGAAAAGUCUGCUGUGUCCGAUGAUGACUCUGAGGUUGAUGGCACUGGUAAAGAUGAGGUGAAUGAGGCAGAAAAGAAACCUAACAAGAAAACCAAAUCAGGAAAUCCCCAAAGAGCAAAAAGUGGAGAUAAAGCUGCAAAACCAAAAGGUAACAAGAAAGCUGCAGAGGAUGGAGAACAAAAAUCUGCAGGUGAAACAAAGAGAAAGAAAAAGCAAGUAGCGAAAACAUCAGGUAGUGCACCUAAGAACAAGAAAGUGACUCCAAAGACUGCAGAAAAGCUUUCGGCAGAGAUCCCAAGCAGUCAGCCUACCCGAGUGGAAAUGUCUAUUCAGACAGAGGAGACUGUAGCCCCAGGUGAACCCCUUUCUAGCCCUGGUGCCAAGUUAGACUUUUACUACAAUGAUACCAAAGUAAAAGCACAGCCUGUCGUUUUCCAGCAGAGUAAACAUACCUAUGAAGAUGAGUUUCGCAAAAAGAUAGCAGAAAUUGAAGCUAUGAGACACUUUACUGCUCAGGACUAUGAACUCAAGAGGAAGAAGAAUGGAACUAAACCUUCCCCGGAAAAUAGAAAAUAUGUCCUUGAGACUGAUGGACCUUCAUCAAAGAAACCUAAAGUGGAGGAGUCAGAAGGGACUAAUUCACCCCCAUUAGAUUACUUGAAAGGUACAGAGCCAGAGGGUACUUUUAAACCAAUACCUCUUGAACGGAUUUCAACUAUGGGUAUAAAGGGAGUGGGUAUUUUCAAGCUGGCUAGUUUGUUGGGUAACACUACAGGUCUACAGGCUUUUGGAAUAUCACCACAUUUACCAGGAGGGCAAGGUGGAGUGAGUGUUGUACAAAAUGCAGCUGUGGUCAAACAAAAUGGAUAUGACACCAAUGGGGGCACAAAGAAUGCUAAUCAGGGUUGCCAGGCCAACACUUGGACUGAAGACAUGACUCAGACCCCUACCUGGCUUCAAGAAAGUGACGUUAAGUCAGACCAAAGUGGCAGUUCUGCUGCCUGUCAGAACAUGACACAAACUCUCAGACUUGCCCCGUUUCCCCCGCAGAACAAAACCAGAAGUCCUGUGCAUGCUCAGCAGCCGCUAAUCAAUUUUUCAUCCAUGGGGACCAAGCCUAUCUCAGCAAUCUUGCAGGCCUCACAAGAGAAGCGUGCAUUAAUGAAAGUUACUGACACGCCUGUGCAGUCUUCAGUGAUUCCUCUGGCCACAAUCUCCCAAUCUUGUCAGGCCAAAAACAUCUUACCAUGGAAAAUAACACAAGAGCAGCAGCACUUAAUGUUUGCAAAUGGUAGUCAGCAUGGAUCUGUAGAGGUCCUCUCAACAUCAGACAUUUUUGAAAAUCCUAGUUUUUACAUUAACAGUUAUGGUACCACAGGUGAAAUGACUUCACAAGUUCACCAGUCACCAAAUCUUCAAAGUGAUCAUGGCUAUGCUACAUCACCCAUGUCAGAUAUUAAAAGAGAUGGUUCCCCACAGCCGCCUGUUCUGUCACCAAUUCCUUCUCCCCAGCACAAGAUUUUGGACCAAUCUCCUCCUCAUCUUAUUUCUUCAUCUCUCUCAUUAUCACACCUCUCUGAACUUCCUCACCUUGAGCCAUCAGUUGCUACAACUGAGAUAAGUCAGUCACUCCAUAACUUACAAACUAUGGAUAGCAAGAAUAUGCAGCAACCACAGAGUAGGCUUGUAGGUCCUAAGCGAUCUAAAAGGUCAAGUACAUCUGUAAAUGUCAGGAACAGUAAUGUGAUGCCAACAGGUAGCAUUGACACAAGCUCUGAUCACUCCUCCACAAGCUGUAGUGCCAGCAGCUCCAGAGCAACAGGCGCAACAUGUCUAGACUUGUCAGAUCUGACUCCACCUGGCAACAUCAGGUCAACAGAGCACCGCAUUAUGGAGAUUCUGGCACAAGCCCAGCGCUUGAAGGUGGCUCAGGAAAAGCAAAGAGAGCAGCAGCGGGAACUUGAGGCUCAGGUACGCCAAUCUUUAGAAUCAAAUGAAGGUGGUCCUAACGCCGGUAACACUUCUAAGAAGUCCUCAAAACCCAGAGCACCAAGAACAUCUAGGAAAACCUCUUCCAAGACUUCAAAAGGACAGGCUACGGGGCAGUCAGCAAAUAUUGCAAAUAAUCUGCAAGCCACAAUCACAACGCAGCCAGUAACACUGGUGACAAACAACAUGGCCAGCACAAUGAAUCAGCCGCAGCAGCUAAAUGCAACAGUUUCUCCACAGAGAAUUACUCCAUUGACCCAAAGCUCAGGAAUCUCCUUUUCCCCAACAACUAACACUGGCCCUGUGGUUACUGUGGUUACUCAGAAUCGACCAGCAGGGCAUGUGCAGCUGCAGGGCUAUCCUCCAGCUGUUGCCACUAACCAGUCUCACUUCAUCCUGAAGGGUGUUACACGGGUAUUACCUGGGAAUGCUGCCACCUACACUACUUCUGUCGUUCCUCCUCUGAUCUCCCUGCAGAACGUUCCUGUGACCAUUGUGGACAGUGCUGGAAAAGCUAGUCUUGUGUCAACCUUACCUUCAGUGUCUUCAGUUGACACCAGGCAAGACUCUGAGAAUGUUACAUCUGCUGAUUGUGUCACAGUUACUACAUGCAGAGAAAAUGCUACCCAUGGAAACAAUGCCAUAAAUGUGAACUCCCAGGAAAAUACACAAGGUUAUGUAAUAAAUGCAGCAGGCGAUGCAGACACAAUGGGUCUUGAGAUUGGCAAGGCAGCAACAUCUGGGAGCAUCAUUAUUACCAGUUUUCCAUGCCAGCAGCAGCUAAUCAACACACAGGGCACAAUGGCAGGAGCAGAGCUGGCAGGACGUACAAUGGCCUCGUUUGGCUUUGGCCGUCCCUUGCAGAUGGCUGCCGCUCACAGAAUGGUGACCACAGCAAGUGGAGGCAAGCUGGAUGUUUCGCCUCAGCUUCUUCCUCACCCACCUCCUAUUUUGGCUGGUACCCUUCUAGGGAGGGCAACUCAACUAGGAGGGAAGACCUGUGCUGAAAAUGAUGGUGCCUCCGAGCCCCCGACUCUGAGUCGGAUCACCAUAGACACUUCUGUGACCCAUUCACCAAGCAGCUUAGAUUCAUCAGGUCCCCCUGUGCUUACACCAUCGUCUCAUCUUCAUAACUACUCCUUACCCAGCCCUUUGGACCCUCUUUCCUCUCUGCCCCUCGGCGACCUUGGGCUUGGCCUUGCUCCAUCCCCCUCCCCAGACGCAUGGCCCCGUGUUGACCCCUCCACAUCUGAGCUGCCCAUAAGCAAAGGUAACAAGGGCUGCAAGCAGCUGAAGUCUGCUGCAUCCAGUAGGUCUGCCACCAAACAUCAAAAAGGCAAGAAGGAGACAAGGACAUCAAGCUCCAGUAGUGAUGCCGAUGAAAAUAAAAGUGUGAAAAAAGACUCACGUGUGAAAAAAAACUCUGGGAGUGAAAGUGACCAUAGCAGCAAUUUUGAUGAUUCCAUUUCUGAACCACCAGACAAUCAUGACGGCAAUAGCUCUAGCACUAAGCCUAUGAUAACCAAACCACGUAAGAAGUAUGGCCCCUCUGCAGUACCAGUGUCCUGUACCCUAAAAAAUACCCACUCUGUCUCAACCAUCAGAACCAGUUUCUCCGAUGAAGAUGGCCCAAUAUCAGAAGUUGAGCCAGCAAAUUCCCACCAUUCACCAUUGUGGGCUCAACAUUUGACUCAGCUUUGGCAGGGUCAACCUGUCAACAUGGCAGCUGAGCGGGCCUACAAUCGAGCCAUGUCCCAUCGUCCCCCCAACUGUUGUAUAUGUGCCUUCUUUAAACGAUUUGAUGUUGAAAGUGAGCAAGGCAUCUUUGAUGAAUCAGGCCUACAAAUGGUUGUUCCUCAACGUUCCCUGCCCAUGAUUCCUGAGACGCUCUUUGCUAUUAGCAAGACCAACCAGAAACCAUUCUGUGACUAUUCAUUGUUGGAGCAGGAUGGCCUGUCUCCACUACUAAUCUGUUCUACCUGCAACAUCUGUGUUCAUGCCAGCUGUUACGGAGCUGGACAUGUUGGUAAUCCUGACAGUUGGAAAUGCAGUCGCUGUGCAGCAUUUUCUACACAUGCUGAAUGCUGCCUGUGUGUGCUCAGAGGUGGUGCUUUAAAGCCCACCACAGACGGGAACUGGGCUCAUGUUGUGUGUGCACUUGCAGUAUUUGAGGUCAGCUUUGUCGAUGUUCGUGAACGCAAUCUUAUUGAUGUUUCCCAGCUGUCUCCUGCUCGUCAAAAACUGCGCUGUUCACUGUGUGGCCCUGUGACUAGCAGUUCAUCUCAACCUUCCACCUGUAUCCAGUGUUCUCAUGGGCGAUGCACAUUGGCUUUCCACCCAACAUGUGCUUAUGCAGCAGGUGUGCAGUUUGAAACUAGUGACUGGCCAUUUCCUAUCUAUUGCACAUGUCAUCGUCACCAGACCAGUCAUCGUGAAAAGGUUAAAGACCGUCAGCUGAAUGACUUGUAUGAAGGAGGGAGAGUGAUAGCAAAGCAUAAAAAUGGACGAUAUUACCAUGCCACAAUAAUGGAAGUACAGCGUAAUCGUCUGUAUGAAGUUGAUUUUGAUGAUGGCUCUGUUAGUGAUGAUCUUCUUCCAGAAGACAUUGUUGGUCACAACUGUAUCAGUGAGGGACCACCCUCAGUUGGGAAGCACAUCCAGGUUCGCUGGACAGAUGGAGACCUUUAUGGAGCUGUCUUCCGUGGUGUCAAUAAUCAGGAUGAAUAUACGGUGGAAUUUGAAAAUGGGUCGCAGCUCAUCUUGAGGCGUGCAGAGUUGUGGACUGAAGAUGAAGAACUUCCCAAACAUGUGAAGUCUCGUCUAUCUAUGGCCACAGAACGCAAGUACAGUCUUUUCUAUCCUGAGCAGGAAAGAGGUGGACCCCGCCCCAAGAAGAAGAUCGAUUAUGUUGCAAUGCUUGCCCCUGGCAGUGGUUCAUAAAGACAAGAGGCAGCUGGGAGGCAGGCAGAUAGUUUGUGACCACCACAGCUUGUUUUCACAGAUGGGUAUGGAUUGCAUGCGGUUAGUGCACACCUGAUCAUAAGAUUCUUCCAUGCCACUAGACCUUCCACUCCUCCAUCUGUGUGGUAUUUGAUGGCAAGACCUGAAGGCUUACAGCCUGCCAGUGAGAUCACUUUGAUUUGACCUUUGAAAGUGAAGCAUACAAUGUUGGAGAGAUUUGUGGACUGGCUUUGCUGGAAUUAGAUUUCAGUAUCUCAGUAAGUCAGCCAAGAAACAAUUGUGAAAGUUGAAUAAAGUUUAUUCACACAAGGUCGAAGGAGGGCUUUUUGUUUUGGGAGAUGGGAUGAGGGAAUGGCCCAUAGAACACCUGUGUUGCUUUUCCUGGCUUGUUGUACGUCUGGUCAAUGUAGGACCUGUAGUUCACUGUGAGAGACCACGGCCCAGAGUCUGGGAAAUGGUGCAUGUUGCUUGGAGUCUGCCAGCCACCUGUCCUCUUUCUUCUUGCCUGUUGUGGGACCUCCAGAGGCAUUGUUGGAUACACCUGAAGAGCCAUUGAAACAAAAAGCAAGAGCAGUCUCAGAUUAAACCUUUUGGGUUUUUUCCUGCAUUCACAGAUUUUUAUUUGUUCUGCCUUUGGCAGGGUUGGGGAAUGGGAACGAUGCUGUUUGUAGUUUGGGAAGUCUCUAUAUGUUAGAGAUGAAGUGUGCUCAGAUAGAAGGUCUGUGUCGUGGUUCAAGGCCUUCUUGGACCUUUUAGAAAACCUCUGUGCAUCAGCAGCUGCUCUGCAGGAAUGGGUACCUGAUUUAUUGGAGAAGGGAAAAAUGCAGGAGAAGGUUUGGGGCUUAUAAUAUAUGCAUAUAAUGUGCUCUAUACAUAAUUUUUAUAUCUGUAUAUAAUUAUAUGUAAAAGAUGGGCAGGUCUUUGUCAGUAAGUCAGCUUUCUUUAGCUCGUGUUUAUUCUACCUAAUUUGGAAUGCAAACUUUCAAGAAAUAGCAGUCUAACAUGGUUUUUGAGUGACUGACAGCCAAGGGAUACUAUUGAACAUCUGUUACUAUUGAUUAGUAAUAAAUAAUAACAAUUUUAACUCUUAUUGUAAGUAUAAAAAAUUGUAUGAAAAAAUUGUUAGAUUUUGUAAUGAGGGUUUAUGUAAGUCAUACCUCAAGCCACAGACACUGUAUGCUUUUGGCCUUGCAAUUAUUAUUUACUUAUAUUAUAUUACAGAUAUUUACAGGCUUGUCUAUAACAGAUGCAAAGUUCAGAUUGUAAGGAGAAUAUGGCAACUUAAUAUUGUGUGUGGUGGGUUGCUUGUAGCACUGUUACACAGCUGUGCUUCAUGAUAUUUUUGUUUAUAUUGAAGUAAUGCCUCAGUCCCUUAGGAUAGUACAGUGGUGCCCAACCUUUUCUCACAGAGGGCCGCACUGGACAUGAUAUAAAGUCUUGUGGGUCAGAACAUGGCAGUUUUUGCCAGAAUCAGUUAAAAAUAAAAUUUUGUGUGUGGUUAAAAUGAGAGGGGCGGAUGAAGCAUCUUCGCGGGUUGGGCACCCCUGGGGCAAUAGCUUUCUCUCCCAACUGUUAAAGGCCCUGCUGGUGGUUUAGACCUGAUGGAUGUUCUUAUCAUUUACUGCUAUUUUGAAAGGAAUGCUGUAUAUUUGCAUUUUCAUGUUUUGUUCCCUCACUUUAAACCGUCUGUUUUCCAAUGGGGCAGCUGCUUGCUAAAGAAAAUUUCUUGUUAAAAAUAUUGCAAGGUUAAAAUUUCAUGCCCUUCGUUUUGAGUAGAUGUUUGGUGUGACUGACAUACAUAAAGGCAUGUUCUUGAAUUUGGUGUAAGAUGUGUGAGGGACUGAAAUUGAUUAUAUAAUUCACACUUACUGUUGCAGAGAUGUAGCAGCUUUCCCUCUCCCCAAGUAGUUGAACUGUAUUAUUGUUAUAUUGAAGAGACACAAGGCUGUGUCUUGCCAUCUGCUCUUGAUCUUACUGUUGUGUGUAUAGGUCAAAAGGACAAGGAGUGAAAUAAUGUGCACAUGCAUUGAUGUAUAUAUUCUUAGUUGAUUUGAAACAUGUGCUUUGUAAAGUGGCACUCUCACACACACAUAUAUCUUCCAUAUAGUCUAGUCGUGGAUAUUUUACAUCCAUUCCUUGCCGUCUCCAAAUUCUCUAGCAUAAGUUGUUAGUAUUUUAGAUUCAGUAAGUCUUGAGUAGCAGUGUUAGUAAUGAUAGGGAGAACAUUUUAAAAACUUAAAAUUUAGUACUCUAUGCAGCAUUCAUGGUGGGCUGCAGCAAGAACAAUAGUGUGAAGUUUUCUGGUGGUGGUCUUUCGUGAAGCUUACUGUGUGACAGGUUGCGUGGUCUCUAAUAACGAUGAUUGUGCAGCUUGGAGAACAAUAUAGCAGAAAGUCUUCUUGCCAACUUCCUCGGCUGUACCAUGCUGUUUGGCAUGAAAUCUGUGAUAUGCCUGAAGGUGGAACUUUAAAUGUAAUCCUAAGUUAUUGUUCUGUACUGAAAGUUAACCUCCUUACCUUCUUGUAAAGCAAAGUGUAUAUCCUUGGACAUAGUAAAACCAGUUUCUCUCUUCUUCAUCUGUGUGAUGGUGAAGAUUGUGGUUCAUCUGGGCAGCAAAUUUGUACAGUUCAAAUUGUCGAAGUUUUGGGUAGUUUUUUUGUUGUUGUUUUCUUGUAUAAAGAAUUCUUUUACUGCAGUCUUAUAGACUUUGUGUGGGUGGGUGGAUGUUCCACACACCAUCUUAUACAUAAAUUUGGUGUGUUUUUAGACUUUACACUUGUCCUCAUCUUGUCGCUGAUGUGAUGCAAGUAUUUCAUUGUUCUCAUUCAUUCUUCAUAAUGCCUGACAUUGUGAAUGUCCCACAAUUUAGUGCAAACUAAAAUAUUUUUAUUACCAUUUCUUUUCCCUUUCAGUCUUAGUAGUACCUUAUGUAUGUGUGUGUAUAUAGAGAGAUAUUGUUGUGACAGGUCACAGGAGCUGAGAUGAAGGAACCCCCAAAAAACACACAGCUGAUGUGUUCAUUACUGUUUAUACAUGCUAUUUUUAGUAUGGGAUGUUUGUGGUAGGCUGUUUGAUGCAAACUUUGAAAAUCACUUGAAGAAGGACCCCAAGUGUGGUUUAACCCUUUUAAAUAGCAGUCUAAAUUCUAGAAAGUAUUUAUUUUUAAAACCACGUGUACAAAACUUUCAAAAGUGGAGACAAUGCUAAUUUUUUAUUCUUGUAGCACUUUGUUUAAUUAACAGUAUAUAAUCAGCAGUAUAUUAAACUUGUUAGGUUUAUACAGCAGGUCUGAAAACAGUGAGUCAUGUUGAAGGGGUUAAAAGAGUGUGCCGAAGAUGUCUGCAGGUUGCAUUAAAUAUCAGGCACAUGAAGAGAAUACAAAUGGUAUUCCCCAAAUCUUCAUGGUAGGAAGUAUCGUGGUGAGAAACUGGCCGCUAGCUCUUCCUGCAAGGGGUUUUUUGUGCAGAUGCUGCAUAGCUAGGUUUUUGAAAUGGGAAAAGUGUAUUGUGUAGUUCUGCAAGCUUUGUGCAUCAAAACUUGUUUUGUCAUGGCUUGGGAUAAUAAAGACCAUUUGUGUGCGUGUGUGCAGGUGUACGUGAUCAUGUGCACUUUUGGUGCCUUUUGUUAGAUAUGUUUUGUAGGAGUGGUUGAAAAUGUUCUCCCCACCCCACCAGUGAUGUACUUUUAUGGCUGUAUUCUUGAAUUUUAAUGAAUUGUGAAUACCUUCACACUUGUUUCCUUACGUACAACACUGACUAAAAUGUUAUAAGCAAUAACUAGCAUCCUUCCUGAUCUGUAUUUUCUUCCAGGUUCACUGUCUGCUGAAACUGUGUACUGUGUUGUCUUAACUAUAUUUGUGAUUUGGAAGUUUGGCUACACUCCUCUUACCAGAAAUGGCAUUCUAAUACAGCCUAAUCUACAAGUGGACCUAAAAAGUGAAAUUGGCAGCAGUGGCAGAGGGAGACAAUCACCUUUGCUAGAAUAUUGUCUUGUUCUCACAGAUAAGCAGCAAGAGUUUUUUUUUUUUUUUUGGUGUCUGUAGGUUUUCAUAUUGCAUAUCCUAGACUUGAGGCCUAAUAUUGUAUUCUGGUAGGACUAAAUGUACCAUUACUGAACCAGGAAUUGAGGGUUGUUUUUUCUUUCCACUCUCAUUGAGUACUGGUUGCCCUGGUGUAAAGUAAGAUUGUCAAUUAUGCAUUAUUAAGAGCAGGAUCCUUUUUACUUCCAUCUUCUAUACAACAGAAUCAUAUUUGAUUUUGUUGCACCAUCACACACAUGAAUUUCAUCAUGGUGUGAGAAACACUGCCUGCAGGAAAGUUUCUCUGAAAAUUUCCUUCUCUUAAUUCUUUUGACACCUUUCACGGACUAGUAAUCAAGUACAUCUAACCCUUUAUAUGGCAUGUGAUUUAUAAAAAAAAAAUGCAUGAAGAGUUUUCCACUUUGCUUUCCAGUUUAUGUUGUAUUACUAUUGCUUGUAGCUUGUAUUAAUAAAUGUUGCAGUUUACA